UAUUUCCUUGUCGAAUAUUAAUUGAUUAUUUAUCAUUAGAAUGAUUUAUAGAAAAUGGAUUAUCAAUAGACAAUGUAAAUGUCGGAGCCAAAUUCUACACAUCUUACAAAUCCAAUGCUGACCACCACUUAUUCUACUGAUACAGCGUCUGGUACCGGAAAAGAUGACUUUUGGGAACCUUCAAUAACCACAGCACUUUACGCAUCAGUCGCACUCAUCCUGGGUAUCAUUGUGACCGUUGUUUUAUUUAAAUGUUACUAUAGAAAACGACGAUCGCUUCAUUACAGGAAACCCAGAGAACGAGAAGAGAGCUUCCAUCAUGACAACGCCGUGUACUGGGACCAUGAUGCAGCAUUCCAAUUGGACGGAAUGGUGGAACUCAGGGAACAGAGAAGAACAGAAGCUGUAUUCAUUACCGACAGCAGACAUCGAGGUAUACAGACAGACAUAGGUGGAGAUUGCAUACAUAAUUUCGAAAGGAACUAUCAGCAGGACGAACUAGAUAAUAUGUCUCUACCACCAUUGCCCCCACCACCACCACCGCCAAUCGAGGAUCCAUUACCACAUGCAAUGGCACCAAACCCACCUAGUCGCAGAUCCAAAGACGACUGUAUUAGAACUGUACCAAGCUACCGGAAAUCAAACAUACCUAGUACCUUACAGAAAACAUGGAUUUUCAACAGUGAAGAUAAAUUAGCCACAAGCGAUCAUUUUAAAGAACUUCUAGAUGAAGCCUUCAAAGAUCAGAACUCUCCACUUCAUCAGAGGGAGAGCCAUUAUAUGUCUGUUCCAAGUGUUGUUUUAAUUCCAAAUCCAGAAGAAGGCCCACCAUGUUGUCACGACAUCCGUCAUUCUUACAUUAACAUUAAAAAACUGGACGGAAACACCAUGUCCGAAAAUAGUCUAAAUAAUUCUCAACAGAUUCUCGUGGACUAUGAAAACACAAGGGUUUGGGUAAAAUCAAAGGAAAGUGAUCUUAGUGACGACGAAUCACAUGUUGACUUCCGUGACGCAAACUUCCAAGACUGUGUGCGAAAUACUUUACAUAGAAAAGAAAUUAAAUCGCGUAACAUACCGGAAGUAGACGAUCAAUAUUCCUCUUUCGCUACUCUAUCGGCACCAAAAAAGCCAGAGAGACCACGAACUGGUUACGUCGUUAUGGAGUUGACAGAGGAAGUGAUGUCAUUCCUGAAAGUAAAGGAGAAUAAACUUGGGAAACAUUUAACUUUGUCUCACGAAAACCUUCCGUCUGAAAUCUAUUAUGACGAUCGCCUGAAAAAUGGAUAUAUAUCGAUGACUGAGAAUUAAAAAUCAACUGCAAGUUACACUAAGGAUACUACAUAUGAAACUUUGUGUAAACAUUGAUAAGAUAUAUACAUUUUGAUAUCGGUAACAUAUGUACGGCUUCCUUUUUCAUUGAGAAAACGUGAGUAAGGGCUGGAGCUUAAAAUUUGCCCUUUCUCUCAAACAUUUUGUAUUUCUAUGGUAUCUUCUUAAUCUAUGCCGAAACACACAAAUCCGAUCUUAUUCCAAUUUUGCACAAUUUUUGACAUGCUUUCGGUCAUAUCUUAUCCCCUUGUUAUCUUCUUCUUUCAUAAAAUUGAGAGGAUAUUUCGUAUUAUUUCUUAACUUUAUUCACAUACAAUUGUUUUGGUUUUUUUUAAACUUUGAUGUUGUGUAAACAAUCGGAUGACUAAAGUCUUAGUUAUAUAAGGAAAAAGAUUUUGAUGUCAGUAACGAACAUGUCUUAUUGUGUAACAUUAAAGGUACCAAACAAGACAAAUCCACUUACUAAACAAUAGAUUUGCCUUUCCUUCUGUUGUGUAUUGUCCCAUUUUAAACUUUAUAGUUGUAUACAUUAGUGAUUUUUCGGUAGUUUAGACGUUUCCACUAUCAACGGAAACUUCAUAAAAGUGUUUUAAAUCCUGACUGUUGGACUACCCUCUGGCACUAACAAUCUACCAGCACAGGCAUCGACCCAGUGCUGAAAAGAGUCGUAGCGUCCGAAACACUUGUCUAUAUAUACCUUCAUUAGGAAUGCUCAAAGCAAAAACAUUUGAAAGCCAAGUAUGUAUUAGUCAUGUUAGUGGCGAAACAAGGACUACUGGACCAAUGCUACCAUUUUGGACUAGUGUGUAUGUUUUAUUUUUUUAUAAUUAGAUGAGUAGUUAAAAUUAAACGUACCCUUAUCCUUUUGCAAAAAGAACCGUCACUAACUAAGAUGAUCCCUUAUUUUAUAAUUUUUCAUUGUUUUGUCAUUUAUAUAAUGUAAUAUAACUGUGUAUAGAUGUAUAGAAUUAAGUGUUUGUAAAGAGAAACCUUAAUAAAAAAUAAAACAUUCACAAAAGGUAUAAA